AUGGAUAAGAAAACAGAGAAGUCGUCCCCAAACGAAUCAGUCGCGGAAGUAGACGUCAGCGGAGACCGCUUUCUGGCCGCUGCUCCGCGCCGACAACAGAUCUUGGAAACUAUCAACGCAACACAGCACGCAAAAGCCGCGCUGUACCAGACUCGUCAAGACUUGCUCACGAUCGGCGACGACCAAGACAGCGCAUCCGAGAUGGCCCAGAAGAUGAAGGAAACGGCCGAGCGGGAGAAGAAGGAAUGGACCAAGCUCAAGGGUAGCAAGCUCAAGAAGCUGUUUCACAGCGCCGAGUACGCCGCGGAGCUGAAGAAGGAGGAAGAUGAGUACUACGAGGCGUACGAGUGGCAGCUACGCGCCGAGGCGGCGGCCAAGGAGGUAGGAGAGCAAAUCGCCACGUUGCGUAAGAAGAAGUCUAUCCUGCUCAAGCAGGUCGAGGAGCACCGCCAGGCGCAGGUGCAGCUGGCAAACCUUUACGAGGAGGUUUUUGAUGGACCGACGCCGAAUUGGCCGGAGGAAGAUGAGAUGGAAGCAAAUCUAGCGGCGCUUCAAGAAACAUGUGAUACCGUCCAAGGCAAAAUUACGCAUACAUAUCAUGUCUGUGAGGUCCUCGCUCCGGCCCGCCGCGCUCUGAACACUGCUCUAGAAGCCGCCCAGAAUUCUUACGACAGCACCUUGUCGAAUAUUGGCAACAUGGCGAUCAACCUGGCCGUCGAUAUGUCAAAGCCCGACUAUGUACAGCCAGGCACGCCCGACAAGAGGCCGUACAAGGCCACAGGUGGAACACUGGAGCAGAUCCGGCGCUGCCUCGCGCAAGCAGACCAGAGCAUGGCGGCAGCGCAGCGCCUCGACCCCAGUGUCAUGGCGCACGUACUGCCGCAGAUUGACCCCGAGAACAAGGCCCGCCACAGCGGCCGCAUCGACCGCUUCAUCAACGCGCCGCUGACGGACAUUAUCUUUUACCAAGAGAUUGACGAGGCGGGAAAGGCGCUGGAGACGGUGGCCCGGGUCGUGACAGAGGAAGUGGACCGGUGGGAUGCUAAGCUGGAGUCGCUGCGCGAGGAGAGGACGCCCAUUCAGGAAAAGCUCAAGCUGUGUCGCGAGGAGUUGUAUGAGCUUCGUGCGAGGCUGUUUGAUGAUGCGACGUGCCCGCCGCCGCAAUACACCGACAAGGAAGCAGAAGAUGAAGCAGCGAAGAAGAAAGGGAAAAUGGACAAGGGUGGAAAUGUAGUGAAGGGAGACUUGUCCGACAAGCGACAGAUGGUAGUGGAGGGAGAGACAUUAGAAAAGGGGAAGCAGUAG